UCUUGUGAAAUGACUCCUCUCUCAAUGUGAUCACACGUUGUAAAUAUUUUUGUUAAUGCUCGAGCCUGGAUCGUAACGUAGGCCAUCCUUAAACACGAAAAUGGAGGCCUUUCGCAGCCACAAACUCUUAGCUGUCCUGGUGCUGUUAUCCAUUAGUUACCUCGCUGUUGAUGCAGAUAAACCAAAACCAACCAAAAAACCAACAACACCAAAGGUUACGACGCCCAAACCUACAAAACCGCCAACACCACCAGCUGAAGGAAAAGACUAUUACGUCACAUUGAAAAUUCUUGGGCAAGAAUGCAGUGCUGAUUUAACCAAUGUUGCAAGUGCAAAAUUCCAGGAACUCAGAGGAAAACUCUACGAUGCUACCCUUCAAAUGUACGCAAACUACGACUAUUAUCAAGAUUUGCUUGCACUAAGCUUCGAGUGUACUGAGGGAGGAAUUUUGGCACACUUUGCCAUUCGAUUCACAAAGAAGGCAAAAGGCCACAUGAAUAUCUUUUCCCAAGCAGUUCAAGCUGGCAAAAUUGGUGAACUUGAGAUUCAACCAAGCUACAUUGAAGUCACCGACCUCGACCAGAAUCUCCUCGUUGGAGGAGCCCCAGCCGGAGCAGCUUGUAUGGGAGGAUGCCCACAGACCUGUGCCCCAGCAUGCGAUGCAUCAUGCUGCGGAGGUGAACAAGGAAACGAGCAGACCAUUUAUGUCCCAGUUCCAAUGGCCCAACCUAUGCCACCUCCACCACCACCCGCACCAGCUGGCUGCGCAGUAGGAUGUCCCUCUACAUGUGCACCAACCUGCACACCAACUUGUUGCUUCGUACAAAAGAGAUGGCUCGCAAAAAAGGCUAAGGCCCAGACAAAGAGCAAAGUCAAUCCCGUCAAUAGAGUAUUCCGACCCCAAUUCUAAACUAUGGACAUAUGACUUCACGAUGUUCCAAAAUGUAACUUUUAAUAUCAAGUGAUUUUCAGGACUAUUCCAUGUACAUUUGGAAAUGGCAUAGUCUAUAACAAUAUGAUUUGAUAAAAAGACAGUUAUAAAUUCCCCUUGACUUUUGCAAAUAACCCACCCUAGCGUUUCAUUUACACAAACCACUGUUUUGUGUGUCAGAUAUAGAGUUUGAAAAUGUCAUCUAAAAUGCAAAAGUAAGACUAAAAUCUGUUGGCUCCUUCACAUUUCAAAUAGCGCAGCCGAUGAUUUCAUUUAUAGAACGAGUGAACAGACACUGAAAGCCUUUUUCUUUCCUCUUAGUUUCAUAAUUCUUAGAAUCUUCUUCUGAAUACAAAACAGUGGCAAUUUGAAAUAUUUUCUCCAACUUCUUUUGUUUAUGAACUUUAUCAUACUUGACUUUUCAUUUUGGAAAAAGCACUGUUUAUAGUUUUAUUGGAAGAUCUUGACUUUGUACUUACCCAUGUUUGACAAAGACAGUAGCAAAGGUCAAAGGCCAAUUGAUAAAAGGUGAAAGGCCAAUGACGUAAAUUGUUUGUAAAUCUUAGGAUUUUGUUCGGUAUUGUUCGUUUUAUUUUCAUGUAGUGAAA